UAGAGAUGGUUAUCUUUUGCGACCCUGGCCAAUUUACUUGCUCGGGUGUUCACGGAUAAUCCGUUCCAGAUGUAAUUAACAAGCGACUCACCAGCGGGAGAACUUUAACUAAUAAACAAAAUUUCAUAAAUCAAAUUGCGUCAGUUAGGGCGUUUUUAUCCCCUUUUCGUCGCGGUGAUGUUAGGUUUCAAUAAUAACAUUACAGACAAACUUGUCUUCUCCCAGACACAACAACUUCUCAGAAGAGGCUCAACAAACAAACCAGGAUGGCGAGAGGGAUUUUCUCUCCGACAGCGCUUUGCUCGUGUGUGGUCUACGUCCUGACAGCUUUGAGCGUCAAUGACCGUCAAACGAAUGGACAGCAGAUCAAAAAUGGAGACUGUAUGUAUGAUUUUACUCUGCCAGAGAAUCGACUGAUGGUCAAAUGCGGAGAUAAAGUGGCACUUACUAAAUUCUCUAGUAAUUCCUCAUCAGCGUUUCCAGUAGGAGAGGCAGCGAGAACUGUUUACCAAAAGUCCGGUCGCUCCAAACCUAGGUACAAUUUCAACUAUACAACGGUCUCGGCGUCCACGGACAAGGACCUAACACUUGUACAACAGGUGAUUGACACGUUACACGAUGUAAACAUGACUCUGGACAUCGUGAGGUCCCAAGUUAUGAGAGAAAUGGAGCAAAUUACAAACGCUGCUGGUCUGAUAUUUUCCGAUGACGAAAAUUUGGAGCGAGCUGCCCAGCCUUUUAUGAGAAGACCAACGAUGUCAAAUGGUGGACGCCGCAGACCGGGGAGUGGUAUGCCACCGAUGUUUCGAGCCGCUUUGGGGAAGAUCCAAGCCCAGGAGAAAAAGUUACGACAAGGUGUUCAGGAGCAAAACACCGCCGUCGAAGAAGCUAUUGGAUCCCUCAAAACGCUAGUGAGAAUUGAGGAAGACAUGGUAAAAUCAACAAUGACAUUGGCUGAAGUGUUAAGUCGGCGUGUCAAGGAGCUGACUGCCCCUCUGGUCUUAUUAGAAUCCGGGGGACAAUUACAACAGGACGGGAAUGGCGACUUUCCCCAGCCAAAACAACAGAUGAGGAAUAUGUUUUCAAGGCCUUCGUACCAGGAUCCCCGUAGAGUGCCAUACCCGAUGGCCCCAAGGUCUCCUUACGGUCCACCCCAGUACCGAACGCCUCAAAGGCCUCCGCCCCAGCGGAUGCCUCCCCAGCGUCCACCUCUCCAGCGCCCACCUCUCCAGCGCCCACCCAACCCAAUGCCAUACCCGCCGAUACAGCCAAUUCCACAGAGAGGCCCUUCAACGUCUCCCAUUCGAAUGAGAAGUAGUGUACCCAGCAGUGUUCCAGAAGUCACAAAGACGUCGAAACCUUUGAAGAUAUCAACACCAGUGGAUUGUUCCCCGAUGACGUCUAUUGGCUCAGCUUACAUGUGGGUUCACCAAGGUACCACCCAAGGAACAGUAAUGUCUGACUACAAAGAUCAAUUUGGACGAAUCUGGGUGAUGCUGGGCUACGGUGGAACGAAUCAAGUGAUCGAGUACGAAAACGACCUGGCUUUCGAAAACAAUGAAGCGCGUAAUACAUACGUUCUGCCAUUUUACUGCGAGGGGACGGGUCACGUAGUGUACGGUGGCUCCCUCUACUGUCUUCAGUCAAAGACCAAUCAUAUUGUGCGUUACGACAUGGAAAGCCACACGAUCUUAAAAGAGUCAAGAUUGGUCAGUGCUGGUGUGUAUAACACUUACCCUUACCAGUUUGGUGCUUUGAGCGACAUAGACUUUGCCGUCGACGAGUUGGGUUUGUGGGUGAUAUACUCGGGCAAUAAAUACUACGGUCGUCUCGUAAUUAGCAGGUUAAACCCGGAAACUCUGGCGAUAGAACAAACAUGGCUGACCAGCAUCUUGAAAAAACGAAUUGGAAAUAGUUUCAUGGUCUGUGGAAUUCUCUACGCCAUCGACUCCUUCACAGAUACUCCAACGUUUAUCCGUUACAUGUAUGAUACGAAAACAGCCAAAGGGCAAAUCCUGUCGCCAUCGGCCUUUCCGUUCGUGAACAGCGCUAACCCAAGCCGAUCUAAUUCCUUCACGGUCAUGGCAGACUACGAUCCCAAAGAGCGAAGACUGUUUACAUGGAACACUGGCCGAAUUGAAGUAUACCAGGUUAUGUAGUCAUGGCGGAAUUCAAAACAGAGGUGUGAAUAUAUUGUGGAGAUGUACAUGUCAUUAUCGGGGAUGCUGGUUCUAGAAUUAUAGACAUUUAUAUAAUGACGGGACGACGUAAAGCAGACAGCCAUCUUGGAUUAUGUUUAAAACCUCUGCAUAGUUUUCUAUCGAGAUGUAGUUUAGGUGUCAGGUUGGAGAGUCAAAGGGUGAUUUUCUUUCAAGGCUCAGUAUAUUCCUUUGAAAACUGCAAUCGGCUUAAUGAUUAAAAGACGAUAUUUUGUUUAAUCACACAAGCCUCAGUUGAAACCGUCCAUGCGUGGGCAAUUUACGUGCGUGGAUAUUCCUCAUGGAAUGAAUGUAGAACUACAUGAUUUUUUGAGAGUUUUCCCAGAAAAGAAAUGUUCAUAUUCUUAUAUAUAUAUGAAGACAUUUUCCUUCAAUGGUUAAAAUAUAGCUAUGUCCCUGAUCAGUUUGAUUAACAAACUAGCUUAUUUCAUUUUGUGAUUUAAUUUCAGAUGAAAUUCGUUUAUGCUUGACUUAACAGUGUGAUUUUAUGUACGAAAGAAACGUCUGAAACCAGCCAAUAAUGAAUAUUCGAACAGACGAGAGCAAAUGGAUAUUUUUGAACGCUAAUUGAACAGUUUUUAAAUUAUGUUUGUGUUUCCUCAUAGCAAAAACAUGGGGUAUUUUUUAAUCAUAGACAAAGGAAACUUGUAGGAUUUUAUAGUCGAAAAGCAAAGCGCGUUGAAUGCUUUGUAAGAUUUCAAUCUUUAUAGGCCUACUGGAGUUAAGUUGAACAUGUUGGGUGCACAAGGACACGUUUCAAAAUACGCUUUUGCAGAUGUAUAUUGUAACUGUAUAUUACCGGAAGCAAGACUUUUUAAACACAGGGGUAACUAUUUACUUGGACAUGUGCUGGCAAUAAGCCGUUGAACUCUGUAUGAUGUUGAGUGGGAUUGGAUGCCAUAUCAGUAUCACAUUUCAACUUUAAUUGGAACAUCUAUUAGGUUUCAAGCCCUACAAUGUGGUGCUUUAUUACUGAACACGUGUUGUCCCAAGGGAAGAAAGGGGCCGAAUUACCCACGGUCAUCGUCUGUACAUUUUCUAUUUAUAAAGUUAUUGGAGAUUUUGAAAGUU